AACACAAAGUGGCGGGACAUAUAAUUUGAUACGUGGCCUUGUUCCUGCUCUUCUCGAAUCAUGUUGCGAGAGGAGCUAUCAACGUCGGCAGAUGACGAGCUGGCGACCACUUCUACGAGUCAAGUAAACGGGGAUCAACCGCCAAAGAAGGGUAUUUUAAAGCGGCCGUCAGUGGUGAGCGAUGAAAAACGGGAUAAAUUGUUUCCACUUCCCGGAUUUCGACCGUCACCAGAUAGGUUCCCAGAGAAAGGAACAACACGAAUACCAAAAUUACAAGUUACCUGGUGGGAGAAGAAUGCUGUUGCAUUUAUCGGUGAAACAAGUGAUGAGAACAAUACAGACUCGGAACAUUUGAUGCGAGAUUUGGGGAAUGGAAGGCGAGAAGAAGAGAAGCCGACAAGGGCAUUACAAAUCAGACAAACUGCAAUCUUGGAUUCAGAAGAUUCAGAUAUGAACGAAGGGGAACUUCUAGCACAAUUCUCUCAACCUCCAGAUCUAGACGAUGCAAUGAGUGUGACAAGUUCGACAUGCAGUUCAGCAUCAGCAAUUGUCGGUCGCUGGUGGAAUGGGAAGGAUACACGAUACGUUCCUCACUGUCAGAAAAAAGGAUGUAAUCAUGCUCAUCACGAUCUUCAGGGAGAAUACAUAACACCCACACAACGGAGAAAUAAGGAGCUAGCACAGCUCAAAAAGGAGCUGCGGCAAGCGUUGUCAGAGAGAGACGAAAAGGACAAACAUCUUUCCGAUUUGAGAGAUAAAGUGAAGGAGAUAGAGAUAUUCAACGAAACACAAAACACUUUGGCGGAAGGUCAAAAAAUGAUGAGAAAAGAGCAGAUUGAGAAGGAAGCAUUAGAGAAAGAGAAGAAGUUGUUGGAGAAGAAGCAUGCAGUAAGGGUCAACCAACUUAUUCAGGAGACUAUGACUGCCAGAGAGGAAGCCGUAAAACUGACUUCUCGAGUAGCAAACUUGGAAGAACAACUCAAUCCACCGAAAUCUGAUUGUGAAACACAAACCGAUGAAAUAGAGCGAGAUUUUUAUUUACGCCCGAACCCACCAGACCCUUCAGACCCAAAUCAGAAUGGAACACUUGUUUCCCAAACGAUUCAAGCCGACCCAUCUACUCCACUUUCCAUCAUUGCAAGUCAUCCAGAUCUCCACAGCCCCAGUCCGAUGAUGAUUCCUCUUGUAACCGGAGAUAAUAAAAAUCAGACAAUUUACUGUAGUCAAGAAGCUUUGAACCACAUACAGGCCUGCCAAAAUGAAGCUUUUAUAUGGAGAAAUAAAGCUGCACAAUUGGAAAUUGUUGCCAAAGACCAACUGGUGAAGAUUCAACAGUUAGAAGAGUACCUUCAAAAAGUUAUGGAACCAGUACCAGAAAGUCACAUUACUGUAACUGAAAACGCCGUGUUUGUUGAAGAUGUCAGUCACACAAAUAGAGAAGCGGAUCCACACAAUGAUCCCAUUGUCAUCACGGAUUGCAACUUUGAAGCGUGUGCGGAGACAAAGAAUCUCAUGAAAAACGAAAUUGAAAGCCUUCGUCAAACGUUCUCAGAUGCUAAAAUCAGAAUUAGAGAGCUUGAAGAAGAUGCAAAUAUCUUCCGGAAAGAUCUUGAAAAAGCAGACGAUGAUAGACUAAAACUCGACGCCGCAUUGAAGGAAGCAAACGAAGAGAUUGACUCAAAAGCCGCAGAGAUUGUUGCUUCUCUUAACACGGCUAAUCGACUCCAGAAUGAGAAAGACCAAAUGAACCACGCGAUUUCUUACAUGGAAGAAAGAAUGCAAGUUUAUCGAAACACAAUACAAGAUCACAAUUUAGUCGUAACUGACGAAAAAAUCGAAAACUGGAGGAAAACAAUGUCCGAUCCCAGAUAUAUGAUAAUGCAUUCUAAAGAGGUUCAAACAACCUUAACUUCACAACAACUUUCUGAGCAUGAGUCUGACUUUUUAAGUACUCAACAGACUCUUCAUGAUCUCAAAAAAGAGUACAGUGCAAAAAAUACAACGCUUGUUGAUAAAUUCAAGGAAGUUGAAGAGAUUCUGCUUGCUAAAACUGAGCUUGUGGAUGCUCUUACCAAGCAACUUGAAAAUAUUAGGAAAGACCAAACACGAGAGUUGUCAUUGAAACAAAGUGAAAGGGAUCAGUACAAGAAGUCGCUUGAAGAAAUGACAUUUAUUGCUGAGAAGGUUCCGAUUCUGGAAGCAGAAAUUCUACAAUUAUCUAAAGACAAAAACGAAAUAACAGCGCGAUUGAAACAUGAUCAAGAAUAUUUCGAAGACGAACUUGCCAAACUUUUGAACGAUUCAAUGAAUAUCAAAAAAGAAAGAGAUGAUUACUUGACGGAACAUAUUCGCGCAAAUGAGUCCAUGAUUGAACGACUGAAAUUGGAAAUAAGUGGUCUGAAAAAAGAUUUGGAAAACCAAAAAAUGCAAGCACAUUUGCAAAAAUCAGAACUCGAAAAGAAGUUGCUAAGCAGCAUCGAUCACGUUUCGCAACUUCAAAGCAGGGUGAAUCACUCGCAACGCGACGUUGAAUGCCAAGCGAUUCCGAGGCAAAUCAAUAAAUAUGUUGGUUGUAAACCGAAUGUGAAGAACAAGGAGACCAUUAUUGAAAAGGGUGCCUUAUUCGAUGAAAAUGAAGAACGUCUAAGAAUUUGCAAAGCUGAACUUGAAACAACUCGUCGUCAAGUCACAGUUCUACAACAGAAACUAGUAUCAAUCAUUCAGCAGCAAAGUUCACAAAAGAUAAAAAAGCGAAUAGCAGUGGUAGAGGACUCGAACAAAAACACUGUUCACACGGAAGACCUGGAAUCAAAAAUGAAAGAAGUCGAGCUCAAAAACACAGAGUUGAUGGAACGGAUAGAUUCAUUGGAAGCUGAACGGUUUGUUGCAAGUUCUAUAGAGAAAAGCCGAAUUCAAAAGCUUGUCAACGAAUUUGACAAUUUGAAGCAAAAACUGGACAAUGACAUGAGCAACUACAGUAAGGAAAAACAAUGGUUGCAGUGGAGAAUUUCCAAUUUGGAAAAGGAUAACUCAGAAUUGCAAAAACAGAUUCAACCAAGUUCAGAAAAAUCUUUAGAAUCGCUAAACAAAGGCACUUUGAGAAAGACUAUGUCAGAACCGGACUUUGGAGAUGAUAUGAGCACUGAAGGCGAUGGAGCAUCUACAAAUGAAAGUGCAGAUUUUAUGGUUGAAAGUGUAACUGCUCCAGUAUUGAGCCUUAAAUCUCCACAGCCGUUUUCCCAACUUGCUGAUGUCCUGAACCUAGUUAGAUCUGAUUUGGAGCAGGUCCUCACUGAAAUUGAAGAGCCGGAAGCUGCUAAGCAAGAAGAGCCCCAAAUGUCUCUUGAAAAAUCGACAAAUAUUUUGAACGAUGUCUUAAACGAGUGGGCGGAAGAUGAAAGAAAAACUUUGGAGCGCCAGUUGAAACGAUCUCAGGAGGAACGGUCUUUAUUGAAGAAUAAGAAUGUCCAAUUAUCGAAAGAUUUACAAGUCGCCAUGGCUGAACUUAAUGUGUACAAAUCUGAAAAACCCCACAAAGAUGAUGAGCCGAAAAAUUUGGAGAGAAGUUCUAGUUUCUCAUCUUUCAAUCAUAAUAAAUCUGAAAAUGAUACUCAAAGGUGGAAGGAAAAAUCUGGCACAUUGUUCCGGGAAGUGAAUCGAAUCCGACAAAACUUGGCAGAAGCACUUGAGCAAAACAAUGAGUUAAGGUAUCAACUUGCUCUGGCAAGAGGAGAACGGGAAUUGUCAAGUUGUAUAGAAAAAGAUUUACAUUAUCCCAUUUCGCCAUCAUUGAGCUACCACACAGCUCACGAAGGACAGCGCAAGGAUGAUAUUGUUGUCCAUGAACCUCAAGAACCAUUCCAACUCGGAUCUUCAAAAGCCAGUCUUUCCUGUAGCAUCAUGAUUCGAAGUAACAGCCUCGACAGGAAAAGUCAGCCCAGAGAACAAAGCCGCCAACGUAGUCGAAGUGCAAAUCGGAGGCCGCCAGUGUCCAAAGAUGAACUGUCUAAACGAGAAAAGCGGAGGGAAAUGAGACUCCCGAAAGGCGUAUCGAGAUCCUCUUCGGUGACAUCUCUUUAUCUCACAUCGAAGGAACAACAAAAAUUGCCAUUAAUGUCCGCAUCCUGGCAUGAAAAAGCUUUGGAAAACGAUUUGCCAGAUGGCGACACUGAUUAUGACAGGAGAAAUAUCCGGGUUGUCUCAUUGCGUGAAAAAGUAGGGAAGCUGUCGCGUGAAAACAAGGACUUAUCGGCGAAACUCACAUAUUUCACCGCGUCAAAACCAGACUCCUCUAAAAUGUUAGAACUGGAACAAGAAACUGAAGAACUGAAGGCAACUGUAAAAGAUCUCUUACAAAGGGUUUCUCACGUGGCUACACCAAAUUAUGAUCGUCAAAUUGAACUACUCCAAGAUGAGCUGGACAUUCGGCGACAGGAAAGUGCGAUGUAUGAGAAGAAAAUUACUGAAAUCGAAGAAGAAAGGAAAGAGAUGUACCUAGUAAUGUUCAAAAAAGGACAACAGGCGGCUAACAUGGAAAUAAAAGAAGAAAAAAUGGUUGAUGCAAUGACGGAAGACAGAGUUACUUUGAAGUUUUUACAUGAUGCUUUUUACUAUUACUUGCUCAAUCGUGGUGAUUCGCAGGAACACUUAUCGGUUAUGAUGACAAUUCUCGGCUUCACUUCAACUCAAAAAUCCGAAAUAGCCAAUCGCAAACGAGGUCGUUCCAACUGAAUUUCUGUAUCAAAAAAUUGAGUGUUUCCGCUCACUCGUUUUCUGUUAUCCUAUUCAUCAUUCCGUUUUAUUAUCGAGCUUUAAAUAUAGCAUUUUCUUUUUCAAUUUUAUUCUAAAAAUGAGUAUUAUUGUUUUACAAAAAUAUCAACCAAAAUGCCUUAACAUUGUUUACUAAUCGGGUUUAAAUGCUUUGUAAAUGUUUUCUUUCCUUGGGAUGUUCUAGGUUCAAAUGAACUUUUUUUUUGUUACGAUUAUUAUUUUUAUAUUGUUUAUAUUAUAUUUGUUCUUUAAAUAAAAUAAAUAAUAAUUUAUAUGAAAUAAAA